AUGGAAAUUCUCACUCUACCACGAUCGCGAACGUUCACUGGAUGUGGGACAUGUCGAUCCCGGCACUUCAAGUGUGACGAAGCUCGGCCGGUGUGCAACACGUGCCGUCGGCUUAAGCUUCCGUGUCAGGGUUAUGCUGCCCGUCUUCAUUGGAUUGCUGAUGAGAAAUCCGCCCAGGGCAGCAACAGCUUUACAAUACACAGGCACGCGUUGUUCAAUGGUACGCGUAACUACACACCAUCAAAGCCUUUCCAAUACGCUACAGUUACUGAUUUGUCUGCAGAGGAUGACCGGCGCCUAAUGAGCCUUGAGCUUUCGGAAAGCACAGGCGGUAAGCCAGCCAUGGACAUGGUGCUUGAACUUGAUGCCAAAUGCGAGCGGCGUGACAAAGACCAAGAAGGCGAUAAUGAAAGUAUCACUGCCGGGCCUUUUAGCGUCUUCAGGGCCUACAGCACUCGGACACAGCCGUCGGAGAGCCCUGAGGAAGUUGAGUCGGCAGAGGGUGUUGACAACGUGAUAAACGAAGUCACUAAUGAUUCUUGGGACGCACAGCUCGAGCAGAUUGUGGCAGAGCAGCUCCCCAGUCCUCCGAUCGACAGCUCUCACGAUGACCUCAACCUCACUCAACAGGAAGACCAGCUUCCUAUAUGGGACACUCUUUCGGGGGAAAACUACGAUGUAGACUCCCUAUUCCCCAACCUCUCAUCUGAUCUGGCUUUCCCCCACAUGGAUACUCUGGACACAGCCGCGAUCGGUAACACAAGCAACGAAUCCCCGAACACUCUAUCACGAGAUUUUGCAAUAACGCAAACCUACCUUACACCUGUUGGUCGACCCUUUGAGCAAAGUCUUUCCCCAGACAUUCCUGUUCUCCUUCGUUAUUGCAAAUCGAAUUUUGCAAUGUCGCCGCCCCGAUUAGGAAGAAGGCUUUCUCCAUGGCAAAGACUUUUCGUACCUUACGUGAUGGAAACAUUCGGGGAGCUGACACUUGGGGACAACACAUCUUGUCCGAGACUUGCUAUAUUCUACGCUGUCUUAGCAAACAGCGCUUUCCACCUCCAAUAUUUCAGCCCUUCUCAAAACCAUGAGCCCUACUGGCUUGAGAAUGGCAUCAAAUAUCAGAAGAUGGCAAAGGAAUACUUGAAAAAGGCACUCCAGACCGAAUACGUGGGCAACUCUCAAGUCAAGUAUAAAGAGUUGCUCAUGGCAAUUUUGGCCAUGGCUAUUUCUUCGGUAUUCAAUGAACCACAAAACAUUAGGAUCUUCCUUCAUGAUGCGGAGCUCCUUAUCCUUCGUCGCGGUGUACCGAAACAGAAAAAAUCUUUCAAAGUGCGUUUGCUGCAUCACAUGUAUACACAUCUUCGAAUCAUUGCCGAGAGCACAGCCAUCAGCAGCCGGCAAGAGUCACAACAUUCUCAAAGUGAAGCAGACCUCACUGCGGUCUCCCGAACAUUCCGACUUCCUGAGGAGUCUUUAAAUGCGAAUCUAGAUCCGUCUAGUGAAAAGACGAUGGAACUGGGCUACAAUGACAUUCACCUGAAAGUCCAAGGGAGAUGGACAAAAACCAUGUACACGGAUAUUUACGGCAUCCCAGAGUCACUCAUGACGCUGCUUUCUCAGACGAUCUGCCUGGCCAAUGAAAAGAAAAGGCUGGAGGGACUUGCAGCCACUAAUGCUCAAAUAUCAGCUGCUUUGAUGCGCCACACGAGUACCCUAGAGCAGAAUAUAUGGAGUUGGUCAGUAUCGGGAGCCAUGGACCGAGCAGGGACAGAGUACGCCAACACACCGGAAUCGGUUGGGAUCGAUCAGAACGCCGUCAAAUAUAUGGCACUCGCGCUACACCAGUCCCUUCUUAUAUAUUUCUAUCGUCGGGUAUACAACGUCAACGCCAUGAUACUCCAGGACUUCGUCCGAAAGACGCUCGACUAUCUGUUAGUCUGUGCCAUUCAAGGUGCAGGUGACCAGGAUUUUGCAGCGACAAUAUCUUGGUCGGGGUUCAUUGCUGCUUGCGAAGCAGUAACACCGGAGCUGCAGGAGAAAGCUCUUCAAUGCCUUUCUAUGUUCAACAAACGAAGCAUCUUCUUCGCGUCUGGGGAAAUCGUAAGAAUUGCUCAGGAAGUUUGGAAACACCGGAAGGAAUGCGGAGACAGAAACAUCAGCUGGAUGGACAUGAUGUCGGACAAAAUGUGA